AAAGUAAUUUGUGUUUUAUUUUACCAGGUAGUCAAGCAGGUGAUGAUGUUCAGCUUUCGCAACUUAGACUUAAGUCUAGAACUAAAAUCAUGAUGGUCGGAAACUUAGAAGAAGUUAUAGCCGACGCUACUGCCACUCCUGAUGAUCUUCCAGUUGUCGUAAAUGACUUUGAUAUCGAAGAGGAUGACGUUGCUGUCGAAAACAAAGAUAUAUUUCUUGCCAAAGUUGAAAAGAGAAUAAGGGAAUAUGAUAUAAAAAUAUUAAAUCAGCCCCGUGACGGAAAGAAGCUACUCGUAUUGGAUAUUGAUUAUACUCUUUUUGAUGGCUGUAUUCUGGGUAAAUUUUCCCGAAUUUUUAGGAGCCAUUCGACUUUCAAAUAUAUUUAAUUAUUAUUAUAUUUGGUAAGCUUUUUGUUAAUAUUUUAAUGUUUUGUUAAAAAUUAAUUCAAAAUUUCUUUUCGUUUCAUUUGGUCUUUUGAUAAUGCCGUGAUUCUGUUUCGUCAUUAAAUAUUGUGACAGUUACAGAAAUUUCAUUAUGAACUGUCUUUUUGUUUUAUUUUCAUACAAACAAUUACUCAACUCUGCUAGACAAUGUCAGUGAAAUUAUUCUGUUAAUAUUGUACAAUAUAACUCACUUUCCAGGUGUUAAAUUAAAAAAGAAAAAGAAUCAACUUUAAAUUUGAGUACUUUUGUUGAUUUUAAUAUUAAUUUCUUCCAGAAUAUGGCUGUUAAAGACAAUUUAAAAUUAAAUUAUAGGAAGUUCUUUAAUCCAGCACCUGGCCAAAUGUCUGUUAAAUUUAAUCUGACACUCUUAGUGCUUCUAGUGGGUUUGGGGUUGUUUGACUAUGUGAAUUCUUUUAUUGGGAGAAUAAUAUUAGUGUGGGUCAUUCUCUUGAUAAAGAACUUGUGUUUGGUACAAAAUAUUAAAUCAUGAUAUACACAGUGUGCAUCAGAAGUAGUAGUAUAGUAAUAGGACAAUAUAUUAGGGCAGUUUA